AUGGAUAUUGAGGGAUUCUUAUAUAAAUGUACCAAGACUACUCAAGAUGGUAAACGUUAUUAUGCAUGUGCUACUCAUUGUAGUGGCACAGCAAUUAAAUUAGCAAAUGGUACAUUUGUAGUCAAAAAAGGCCAUUCACAUGAUCCUUAUGACAGUAAUUUUAAUGUGAAUCAAAUGAAGAAAACAUUUAGAGGCAUUUUGUUGGACAGGGCUAAAUCGGAAACAAAUCCGUUAAGAGUAAUUUAUGACGAGGAAGCCAUCAGAAAUCCACAAGCAGCUAUGCUGUACUCUUGGCCAACAGCCGAAUCUUUGAUGCGCAAAGCUCGUAAACAAGCGGUUCCACCUUUGCCAUCGACAUUACGAGAAUUGGGCGAAUAUUUAGACCUAAAUAUUAAUAGAUAUCAGUGUAACAAUCAACCAUUCUACCAAGAAUGGAUUGUAGAUGGUAAUGGCAAUUUUAGUGUCAUGUUCGCUUGUCAAGACAUAAUAGAUGCAGUUGUCAACCAAGGAGCGACCGAAUUACAUGCAGAUGGAACCUUUAAAGUAGUGCCAUCUGUGCCAACGUGUAGACAGCUCUUUAUUAUUCACUUGAUUCUGCAAAAUCAUUCCAUCCCCAUUUGUUUCGUAUUGAUGGAAACUAAAACCGAGAUUGCAUACAAAAAAGUGCUUGGGCAAUUUAAAACCAAAUUCCCAAAUGUAAGGCCCACAUCAAUAAUGAUUGAUUUUGAAACCGGCCUUCAUAACGCCUUUCAACAAACUUAUCCUGAAGCAAUAAUAUUGUCAUGUUGGUUCCAUUUUGUCCAGAGCUUACAGAGAAAAAUAAAAAAAUUGGGCUACACAAGUUAUGUAAAAAACAAUAUGCAUGCAAAAAUGUGCAUAAAAAUGACGGCAGCUUUAGCACUAUUACCACAUUAUGAAAUAGAGAGAGGGUAUCAGGAAAUAAAAAAUUACGCACAAGCAAAUUUAGUUCAGUUGCCAAGAUUCUUUACGUACUUUUCAAGCUUUUGGAUCAUAAGAAAGGGGCCAGAAUGUUUUUCGGUAUAUGGUCAACCCCGCCGAACAAACAAUAAUAUCGAGAGCUUCCAUUCAUCCUUGAAACAAACGUUUCAAGUGAUGCAUCCUAAUUUAUGGAAAAUGCUAGAACACCUAAACAAUAUAAUGUUGAAACAACAUAUUGUUGUAAGUCAAUUGGCUAGAGGGUUACAGACAACAAGAGGCAUCAAAACAAAAUACGUAAUGAAUUCUGUGAGAAUUAAAAAUUCCACUGUACAAUUGGCCACUGGUGCAAUUACAGUUAGAGAAUUUUUAAUACAGUGCUCUCACAGUACAGACAACUACAUCGAAAGAGAGCUAGACUGGAGAGAUGAAACUCAAAGUUCUGAUGAAGAACAGGAACUAGUGAAUAUUCCUGAUGUUCUGUUACCAGCUGCUGAGGUCAAUCUCCCUCCCAUAGGUGAUAUUCAAGCUGCUGAGGUUUAUAUACCAGUCGGUAUUCAAAAAAUAGCCGAGAUUCCUAAUGCUGGAGAUGCUAUAGCGGAACUACCACAAGUUGUUGCAGAACCAGAUGUCAACAUUGUAGAAGAUGAAAACGAAGCAGAUUUUGUAAUACCCGAGGAUGCCGAAAUGGCUUUUUGGCAAAAUUUUACGGUUGAAGACGAGAUAGAAGUUCCGUUUGUACCAGUACCACAAAAUCUUUUGGAACUUUACCCACAAGGACAAGAUGAAGAUAAUAUUUGUGUGGUGUGCAGAGUGGCCCCCAGGACACAUGCACUUGUUCCUUGUGGGCAUAGGGUUCUUUGCGUUGAUUGUUUGUCACAGCUGCAAACACAAAAAUGCCCAGUGUGUAACAAUGAGUAUAGCAUUGGUCAACACAAAAAUCCUAUUACUCAUGCCUUGAGAAAAUAA